CGGCCCGGCCGGGCCCGGAGCCCUCACAGCCCUCAGACACCCCCGGGCCCUGCGCCGCGCCUUCGCUGCCCCCUCGUUCCGCUCUCACGCCCGCCACGCUCCGUCCGUGCGCGGCUGGAGGUCGUGGGUUCCCCCCGAGCCACCCUUGUCCCCUCGCUCUCCCCCGCGGGCUGCCCGGGAAACAAGCGGCGGCAGUAUGAGAAGGCUCCUCCGAGUCUCCUCGGGGGAGUUUGGUUCACUGAAAGGGCUCGGGUACUACUUGCAGGGCGUGUGUCGGGAGGGAAGCAAGUGCCUGUUCUCCCAUGAUUUGGCCACCAGCAAAUCCUCCACCAUCUGCAAGUACUACCAGAAGGGGCAGUGUGCCUACGGCGCCCGCUGCAGGUAUGACCACGUGAGGCUCCCUCCGGCGGGCGGAGCCGCGGCCCCGCCGCCCCCCGCGGCCCCGGGCAGCCCCCGGGCGCCCCCCGAGCACGGCCCCGCCGCCCCCCGCAGCAGGAGGGAGAAGAGGACGCUGGUGCUCCGGGACAGGGAUCUGUGCGGCUCCAGCGAGGAGAAGCAGCGGGCUGGCGCCCCCAGCGGCCCCGGGGCUGUUGUGUGCUGCGGCGAGCCCGGGGACAGCGAGGAGAGCAAGCCCCACUCGUACCUGGAGGCCAUCUGCAGCGGGCUGGAGGAGCCGGGCGCCGGCGCCACCGAGCAGCUGUGUCCCUACGCCGCCGCCGGCGCCUGCCACUUCGGGGAGCGCUGCCUGUACCUGCACGGGGAGCUCUGCGAGAUCUGCGGCCUCCAGGUGCUGCACCCCUUCGACCAGGAGCAGAGGAAGGCCCACGAGAUGAUGUGCAUGGCAACGUUUGAGCACGACAUGGAGAGGGCCUUUGCCAUCCAGGCCAGCCAGGACAAGGUGUGCAGCAUCUGCAUGGAGGUGGUGUAUGAGAAACCCUCAGCCUCAGAGAGGAGGUUUGGGAUCCUGUCCAACUGCACCCACACGUACUGCCUGUCCUGCAUCCGCCAGUGGAGAUGUGCCAAGCAGUUUGAGAACCCCAUCAUCAAGUCCUGCCCCGAGUGCCGGGUGAUCUCCGAGUUUGUCAUCCCCAGCGUGUACUGGGUAGAAGAGCAGGAGAAGAAAAAUGAGCUGAUUGAAGCAUUUAAGCAGGGAGUGGGGAAAAAGCCCUGCAAGUACUUUGAGCAGGGGAAGGGAACGUGUCCCUUUGGAGGGAAGUGUCUUUACCUCCACGCUUACCCCGACGGGACCCGAGCCGAGCCUGAGAAGCCGCGGAAGCAGCUCAGCUCCGAGGGCACUGUGCGGUUCUUCAACUCCGUGCGCCUGUGGGACUUCAUCGAGGACAGGGAGAGCAGGAGCGCGCCCGGCGCCGACAGCGAGGUUACGGAGCUGGGGGAGCUGUUCAUGCACCUCUCUGGGGCUGAGGAGGAGCCCAGUGAGCACACACAGCCCCUCUGAGCCCAGCAGUGCUGCUAUUUAUUAGCCAAGCUUUUACUCUCUCCAGCACAAGUAGAACAAAACGUGCCCUGGUGGUUACUCGUGCAGUCCUGGUAAAGUUUUCAGAUAGUUUUUAUAUGGCAACAAGAAAAAAAAAAAAAAAGAAAAAGAAAAAAACAAUAACAACAAAAGACUAAAUAUAUUUAAAAAACAAAAAAUAAAUUGGCUGCAUGGAAAAAAAUCCCUUAAUCCCAGGAGGGUUUUCUCCCUCUCUGGCCUAACAUAUGCUGUCUUGUGAGCUGAGUGGUAGUGUAAAUACAGGUCCAGUGAAAGCUUAAGCUGGUAAAAACUGUUGCUAAAUAGAGUUUGGGUGCAUUGGGGUUUUUUUUCCUCCACUAGAUCAGCUAAAUGUAGAACUACAAAACCCACUGGGUAUAAUGGUCAGUGUAGGGUUUUCUCCUUAAAAAGGAGCUGGUGCAUUGUACCUCAAACAGUACCUGGAGUUCAGUUUGGUGGAUUCUGUGUGUGUGAGGCUGGGGCUGGGCAGGGCUGAGUUCCCAGCCCUGUUUCACACCACUCAGGUGCUCAGAGGCAGCAGUGGCUCCUGCUGGGAAGCAAAGGCAGCUGCACUGAUUCCUGAACUGGCUGCACAAACUGGAGCUUGGAGCAGAGUGAGGUGUUCCCAUAGCCCAGUGACUGCUCAGCCAGUCCUGCCCCACAGCCAGGGGUGGCUCUGCAGCAGCUCAGUGCCUCCACCCCCCUUUUCCCCAGCAAUGCUGAAGGCCCAGGAGGUCUGGGGGAUCAAUGGACAUCGCUGCUGAGUUAACAGAACUGCUACUGAAUUCUGGCUUUGUUAAAAACCUGAUUUCUGGUCUGUGGCAAAGGCAGUUGGAUUGUGAACUCUGGUACCAGAAGUUAAUUCUGCCAAGUCAUCUGUAUUAACUUUGCAGUUAAAGCAAGAAUUCAGUGUGCACUCAAGUGGCUGCUCUAACAGCAUGGACACACCUGAGCAUGAGCUGUCACUGACUCAGGUCCUUGUAAAUCACUUGGGCUUGGAGUGAGACACUGAGCAGUGUUUGUAAACACAGAGAUGAGGGUUUAUUGCAGAACACUUUGGUUGCAAUGGAAGGCAGGUGUGUAACUGGUUUGGUUAUUAUCUAUAGCAGUAUAAAAGCAUAAAAAUUAAUACUUAAUGUGUAAGAAAGAAAGGCCAAGAGCAGAAAGCUGACCUGUGGAUCAGUGAUGGUCCCAGUCUUGAUCCACCAGGGGAGGAAAGUUAGGAAGCAAAAUGUGUUCAGAGAGAGCUGGACAGGAAGCUGAUGCCAUCCCUGGGGUGGUGACACCAGGAUCUGGGUCCCUGCUAGGAGGCAACAGCAGGAACCUUAAUCUAGGAUUCAGACAUCUUUAACUGGCACCAAAGCAGUGCUGAUGUUGGCAUUUCUGGGUCAGGAGCUCCUCCCCUCUGCCCCCGCCAGCUGUGCCCUCUGUUCUGACCUGGAAAUUAAACUUUCCCAUCAUUAUUCCCCCCCCUAAAGUUAAUUUUUAGCAGUGCUCACUGCACAGUCAAGUCUGGCCUUGGCAGUGUCUGUAACAAACAAUUCCCAGUUCCUUGGUGAAACUGGCCCAGGACAGGUCCUAAAUCCAAUCAGUGCAAUUGCUCAGCACUAAGGAGAAGGUAAAUUAUCCCUAAGAGGGAUGUCACACACUACAGUUAAUGUUCCAAGGGCACCCAAAAACACCCCUUCUACCCCAGAAUACUUCCCCAGCCCUCACCCUUCCUCAAUUCCUUCUUUUUUAUUUUUCCAUCCAUUUUUUUUUCCAGAAGGAAAUAUUGUCAGGUAUACACCAAAAAAAAAAUCAAUGGAUAGGAUGUUCUUUACCUUAAACAAGACAUUCCUCAUUUACUUUGCCCCAAGAAAUGAGGAGGAGUAGUCUGAAAUUAAAAAGAUACUUUUUUAAAGCUACCCAGGGACUUAAAAUGUCUGAGUUUCUAAGUUCUUCACUCAGCAGCUUUUAUUUAAUUGGACAUCAAGUGCUGGUUACAAUAAACCCACUUAUGAAAAAUACUUCAUUUUUUCAAGAGACACAUGAUCUGCUUUAAAUAUCAUGGGUUAAUGGUUUGUUUUGGGAAAUCAGAGUUAAAGUAAAAGCAGCUUACCUCUUCUGGGUUAUUUUCCUAUGAUGUUUUAAGCUCAUUAUAAUGAAGUGAAAAUUAGAGAUAAAUAAUGUUUGGAAGAGAGUUGCAGUCCAAAUAUCAAUAGUAUUAUUAAAAACCAUGCAGAACUAUA